ACAAACCAGUAACAACAUGGCCGCCUCGGAGGAAAUAAAACGUCUGGAAUAUUUAUCUUUGGUGUCUAAAGUGUGCACGGAAUUAGAAAACCAUCUUGGAAUAAGCGAAAAGGAUCUUGCUGAAUUCAUCAUCAGCCUGGCGGACAAACAUCCUACAUUUGACGAGUUUAAAGCAGUCCUCACAGAAAAUGGAGCAGAUUUUACAGAAACACUCAUCGCUAACUUAUUUCGACUUAUUCAAACUAUGCGAGCGUCAACAAGUUCAGCACAACAACAAGAUGUUAGAGGGAAGAGUGAAAAAGAAAAACUACAAGAGAAAUAUCCUGCUUUAUGUCAACCUGAUGAUGCUGUGUGGACGAUUCAUCACUUGAAUACAAGUGACGAGCAAGUUGCUGCAGCAGCCAUGAAGGAGCUGGAGAUGCUCAUGCCUCAAAGUGGACACACCUGUGUGGUCGGAGGACGAGGCGGUGCGGAGAGCGUUCGCAAGCGUGAUCGUUCGGGCUCGAGAGAGCGCGACGGAGAAACAAGCGUCAAGCGACACCGGAAACGAGCGUCCCGCUGGAGCGACCGACCGCCGAGCCCGCCCGGAGUUUCAAACCAGCGUCCUCUCCCCGACGUUCCACUGGUGGGCGACGUCUACUGCGGUAAAGUGAGCAGCGUCAUGCAGUUUGGAUGCUUUGUCCAGCUGGAAGGCGUCAGGAAGCGCUGUGAAGGCCUCGUGCACGUCUCGGAGCUGCGAAAGGAAGGACGAGUAGCAGACGUGUCCACCGUUGUCAGCAGAGGACAAAAAGUCAAGGUCAAAGUGCUGUCCUUGAGAGGAAGCAAGGCCAGUCUCAGCAUGAAGGAUGUUGACCAGAACACUGGGGAGGACCUCAAUCCCAACCGGAGGAGGAACAUUGAAGUUGAAGACGUCGGUGACGCUGUCAUGAGGAACCCUGACUUCCCUGUGGAAGCGCACCUGCUGGAAGCGGAAGAAAACACAAGCGAGCGCAAAAGGAUGGCCAAGAUAACGGAUCUGGAAAAGUGGGAAAUAAAGCAGAUGAUUGCUGCCAACGUGCUCCCCAAGGAGGAGUUCCCUGAGUUUGACGAGGAAACUGGAAUCCUUCCUGUCAUCGAUGACGAAGAAGACGAGGACGUUGAGAUUGACCUGGUGGAGGAGGAGCCCCCCUUCCUGAGAGGACAGACGAAGUGGAGCGCCAGCCUGAGUCCGCUCAAGAUUGUAAAGAAUCCUGACGGCUCCCUGUCCCAGGCGGCCAUGAUGCAGAGCGCCCUGGCCAAAGAGAGACGGGAGCUCAAGCAGGCGGCUCGUGCAGCCGAGAUGGAUGCCAUCCCGACCGGCCUCCACAAGAACUGGAUCGACCCCAUGCCGGACUAUGACGGUCGUCAGAUCGCCGCCAACAUGCGAGGCAUCGGCGCUUUGCCCCUCAACAUUCCCGAGUGGAAGAAGUACGCGUUCGGAGGGAAUCAAGUGUCCUAUGGCAAGAAGACAGAGAUGUCCAUCUUGCAGCAGAGACACAGUCUUCCUAUCUUCAAGCUCAAGGAGCAGCUGGUCCAGGCCGUCCACGACAACCAGAUCCUAAUCGUGGUGGGAGAGACCGGCUCCGGGAAGACCACUCAGAUCACACAGUACCUGGCGGAGGCGGGUUACUGCGCUCGGGGAAAAAUCGGCUGCACUCAGCCUCGCCGCGUGGCCGCCAUGUCGGUGGCCAAGAGAGUUUCGGAGGAGUACGGGUGUCGCCUCGGCCAGGAGGUGGGCUACACGAUCCGCUUUGAGGACUGCACCAGCACAGAGACACUGAUCAAGUACAUGACGCACGGAAUGCUGCAACGCGAAUGUCUCAUCGAUGCCGACAUGAGCCAGUAUUCCCUCAUCAUGCUGGACGAGGCCCACGAGAGAACCAUCCACACCGACGUCCUUUUUGGUCUACUCAAGAAGACAGUCCUGAAGCGCAAGGACAUGAAGCUGAUCGUGUCCUCGGCCACACUGGACGCCGUCAAGUUCUCCCAGUACUUCUUCGAGGCACCCAUCUUCACCAUCCCGGGGAGAACGUUCCCGGUGGAGGUCCUCUACGCCAGAGAACCCGAGACGGACUACCUGGACGCCAGCCUCAUCACAGUCAUGCAGAUCCACCUGACAGAACCUCCAGGCGACAUCCUGGUCUUCCUGACUGGGCAGGAGGAGAUCGACACCGCCUGCGAGAUCCUCUACGAGCGCAUGAAGACACUGGGCCCUGAAGUUCCCGAGCUCAUCAUUCUUCCCGUUUAUUCUGCGCUGCCCAGCGAGAUGCAGACCAGGAUCUUUGACCCGGCACCGCUCGGCAGCAGGAAGGUUGUCAUAGCGACAAACAUUGCAGAGACGUCUUUGACCAUUGAUGGCAUCUACUACGUGGUGGACCCGGGCUUUGUCAAGCAGAUCGUUUACAACUCCAAGACGGGCAUCGACCAGCUGGUUGUGACGCCCAUCUCACAGGCUCAAGCCAAGCAGAGGGCGGGCCGAGCCGGAAGAACCGGUCCAGGGAAGUGCUACCGCCUCUACACGGAGCGGGCCUACAGGGAUGAGAUGUUGACCACCAACGUGCCCGAGAUCCAGAGGACCAACCUGGCCAGCACGGUGCUGUCACUGAAGGCCAUGGGCAUCAACGACCUCCUCUCCUUUGACUUCAUGGAUGCUCCUCCCAUGGAGACCUUGAUCACAGCCAUGGAGCAGCUCUACACUCUUGGAGCAUUGGAUGACGAGGGCCUGCUCACACGCCUGGGCAGAAGGAUGGCAGAGUUCCCUCUGGAGCCCAUGCUGUGCAAGAUGUUAAUCAUGUCUGUGCAUUUGGGCUGCAGUGAGGAGAUGCUCACCAUCGUGUCCAUGCUGUCUGUGCAGAACGUCUUCUACAGGCCAAAGGACAAGCAGAUCCAAGCUGACCAGAGGAAGGCCAAGUUCUUCCAACCCGAAGGCGACCAUCUCACCCUGCUGGCCGUCUAUAACUCCUGGAAGAAUAACAAGUUCUCCAACCCCUGGUGCUUUGAAAACUUUAUCCAGGCUCGCUCGCUGAAGAGAGCGCAGGACAUCCGUAAGCAGAUGAUGAGCAUCAUGGACAGGCACAAGUUGGACGUGAUGUCCUGUGGCAAGUCAACCAUGCGUGUCCAGAAAGCCAUCUGCAGCGGGUUCUUCAGGAACGCCGCCAGAAGGCACCCCCAAGACGGCUACCGUACCCUCAUCGACCAGCAGGUGGUCUACCUCCACCCCUCCAGCACGCUCUUCAACCGCCAGCCCGAAUGGCUGGUCUACCACGAGCUGGUGCUGACCACCAAGGAGUACAUGCGCGAGGUGACCACCAUCGACCCGCGUUGGCUAGUGGAGUACGCGCCCGCCUUCUACCGGGUGGCCGACCCCACUCGCCUCAGUCGGCAGAAGCGGCAGCAGAAGCUGGAGCCGCUCUACAACCGCUACGAGGAACCCAACGCCUGGAGGAUCUCCAGAGCUUUCAGGCGCCGCUGAUGCUAGAGACGGCGCCACACACCACGUACCUCCUCGGGCUCGAUGAGCUUGAACUCCAUGCCGCGGCCGGUCCAGGCGAUGAAAUGCGCGUUACCCGGGUCGUCCAGCAGCGCCACCAGGAACUGCCACAGCUGCAACGAACCGCGCCGCUGGUAAGGCGUGCCCUCGCGGAACACGCCACCGCCACCGCCUUCCUGCUUCACCUCACCUGGGAAAGAGCGAGGAUGAUGGUGAUCAUAAGAUAACUGAACAAAGUCAACGGAGAGCUGCUCUUUUUCUUUGUUUUCUUUCUUUCACCGUAAGUCUGUACUAAUUUAUAAACAGAUGAGAAUAAAGGUAAAAUGACUUUUUCUUUUCUUUGUUUUCUUUCUACCACAACAGAUAUGUUUAAAGUACGGUGGAAUUACAAAUAUUCAUUCAUUAAAAAUAUAAAACACUAAUACAGUGGAUGUGGUCAAAAAAAAAAAAAAAAAAAAUAUAGGACAUUUU